UUCAGGGACAUAGCAGGGACAUCACCAGUACCACUGACGGCAGCUCACAUAGGUCAGCUGGGUCCACUCUACCUGGCAGGGAGGAAGGGGACCCUGCAGACCCUGCACCAAGAUGUCUGGGCUAGAAGACUCUUUCCGUAAAUUUGCAAUAUAUGGCGACACAGCUGCCAGUGGCAACAACAUGACAGGGAAAAACUUCUCCAAGAUGUGCAAAGAGUGUGGGGUGAUGGAUGGAAAAGCUGUGACCAGCACUGACAUUGACAUUGUAUUCAACAAAGUCAAGACCAAGGGUGCCCGCACCAUUAACUUUGUUGAGUUCCAGCAGGCCAUGAAAGAGAUCUGUGUUAAGCGUUUCAAGGGCAUAUCACCAGAGGAAGCCCUUCAAGCUGUGUAUGGCCUCAUUGAGGGGAAGGAGCCAAGCAGCAUGGGCACCACAAAAGCCACCAAGGUAGGUGGGGUCGAGAGGCUGACGGACACUAGCAAAUACACUGGCAGUCACAAAGAGCGCUUUGAUGAGAGUGGCAAAGGAAAAGGUCUUGCUGGCCGUGAGGACCUGACAGACAACAGUGGCUACGUUGGUGCCUACAAGGGAGCCGGCACUUAUGAUAAGACACACUAGGACUGAAGCUACUCAGGGCAGCAAGGACCUUCUUCCCCUAAUACAUGGCAUGAGAGGCAAAUAAAAUCUCAUGCAACUGA